UCUCCUGGCCACAAACCACACAAAGAAGACACUCUUGAGGAAGAAGCAUCAUGAAGACAUUCAAUCUGUGCUUACUACUAAUCAACCUGGCAAUAGUGGUUCACUCUUUGCCAAUCUCGCCACCUAGUGAAGAAGAUGAAGCCCUUGCAGAGACAUACCUGAAGAGGUUUUUUAACCUGACAGAGGAGACGGGUCCUGCGUUCAAACGGGGGCCCAGCCAGCGGAGCAGGAAGGUCAGCGAGAUGCAACAUUUCUUUGGCCUCCAGGUGACAGGAACCUUGGACGCUGAGACUGUGACGAUGAUGAAGAAGCCACGCUGUGGGGUACCUGAUGUCCAACUCAGCCGCUUCACCACCUUCGACAAUCGCAAGUGGCAGACCAACCAGGUUACCUACAGGAUUGAGAACUACACCCCUGACAUGACUGUGGCUGAGGUGGACAACUCCAUAGAGAGAGCACUGCAGGUGUGGGCCAAGGUCUCCCCCCUGAGGUUUACCCGCAUCUACAGUGGCAUCGCUGACAUCAUGAUCUCAUUCGGCACCAGAAAUCAUGGUGAUUCUUACCCCUUCGAUGGCCCUGAUGGCACCCUGGCCCAUGCCUUCUCCCCCGGCGCUGACAUUGGAGGAGAUGCUCAUUUUGACGAUGACGAGUCCUUCAGCUUCAGCUCAACCAGAGGGUACAACCUGUUCUUGGUGGCUGCCCAUGAGUUUGGCCAUUCCCUCGGUCUCAGCCACUCCACCGACCCUGGAGCACUGAUGUACCCAAUGUACAGCUACACAGACCCCAGCACCUUCUCUCUGCCCCGCGAUGACGUCAACGGUAUCCAGCACAUCUAUGGUCCAAACACAGAUGUGAACCCCAAACCAGACAAGCCAGAUCCUACACCCCCUUCCACCCCUAAUGCCUGUGACCCCACCCUAGUUUUGGAUGCUGUCACCACUCUACGUGGGGAGAAGAUGUUCUUCAAGGGCAGGUUCUUCUGGCGUAGCUACUCUCAGAGCAGCAAACCACAACAGAGCCUCAUCAAGAACUACUGGCCCGAACUCCCCGACAACAUCAAUGCUGCUUACGAGAGCCAGCUAUCUGACAGAGUGUUCCUCUUCAAAGAUAGUCAGGUCUGGGCUCUCUACGGCUAUGACAUCGUCCCCGGUUAUCCCAGAAACCUGAAGAGCUUGGGCCUGCCCAGUACCGUGAAUAAAGUUGACGCCGCCCUGUACGAUGUAGAUUCUCGCAAGACCUUGUUCUUUGUUGAUGACAACUACUACAGUUACGACGAGGCAAUGAAAAGGAUGGACAAAGGUUUCCCCAAGCGUGUGGAUGAAGGGUUCCCAGGCAUGACAAGCAAAGUGACUGCAGCCUUCCAAUUCCGAGGCUUUACCUACCUCUAUAGUGGCUCCUAUAUGUUUGAGUACAGCAUGAGGACCAGGAGACAGUUACGCGUGCUAGGAAACAACUACUUCCUGCCGUGUUAGAACAUCGACACUCAUGAGCCGUUUAAAGUAGCAGCCAUGAACAACAAUGAAUGCAGCCAAAUAUUUUUUUAUAAUAUAUAAUAUAGUUGUUGUAACUUGAGAUUUUAAAGGUUUGUUUUUCUAAUAAAUAUUUUUGUCACAUGUCUAUUUAAAUAUCUAUUCAAAUAUCUAUUCAUGCAUCUCAAUUAUUUGAUAUGUUUCUUGAUUAAAUUAUAACCUAAAUAAUCUGAAAACAUGAAUGUAUUGAAUGAAGGCCAAACAAGUUUUUACACUUUGCAUAUUCAAAUAAAUUCCAAGUUAUUGAGAUUUUUUUUAACCUUU